AUGGAUGUGUCGCAAGAGACCGUGGAGCGCAUCCAACGCUUCUCAGAGAAGCGCCAGGAAGCCGAAGAAACAUACAACAAACAACCCCUCAACAUCUCCAAUGUGCAAGCAUACAACAGUAAACUGGAUGAUACGUUGCGACAGCUCCAAGAUCGAGUCCGGCGCCAUGAGAAAGACCUGCGCAAGCUUCGCGAAGUCAAUGCAGUCGAUCUUGAUAAGAUGGAGUCAGAUCCAUGGUCGCGCGUCUCCCAAGUGCGACGAGCAAAGAAGGCCUAUGACUCUCUUCUCAAAUCGGGGACUGAGCUCCCCAAACCGGGAUCUCCCCUUCCAUCUCUCUUGGCCCUCGAAGAGACCAUACGGCUAGUGAAAGAGAGCAGAACGUCCAUCUCAAUGACAGCAGAAAAACUGUCCCUCGAUCGCCAGCGUCUCAAAGUAGAAGAGACCAAUUUGCGCGACGCGCAGUCCAUCCGAGACGGGCUCCAGCGCAGGAUCCAGAAUAUCCGACGGGACGCAUCGCAAAAGCAAGAAAAAUCGCCGUCGCAACUCGCGCGCGAAGCCAUCAGCACCCAGGAAACGAAGAAAGACAAUAUCGACAAGGCGACAGAUGAUCUGCGGGCCUCCCUCCACAAGUUCGUCGACGAGUCCCUUGCGCCGAUGGUAGCAGCGGAAAACCUCGGGGGCCCAACGGUGGGGGACGUUUUCAAUAUUUCCGAUACCACCUUAAACGCGGGCUAUACGAGCCACGGCAAACCAAAGAAACCCAAAUCAUUGGACACAGAGGGCCCUGACACGAACCAGCGUCGCAUCGAUGAGCUUCUCAAUCGUCAGUCGGGCCAGAAUGGAAGUCAUCCGUCGAACAAGCGGGAGGCUGCGGCGACGGAGAUACAUGAGCUCCUGGAUGCGUUGCUCGAUGCAGGCUCUUCUUACAUCGACCUGCCCCGGGAAUCGGCCGCGUCUAGAUUCCUUGUACGGGCAAAGGUCGCCCAAUUCCAUCCUCGCGAUGCCCGCAGAUUGAGACUAAUAGAUUUUGCGCGCGCCUUGGACGACUGA